CCGGCAUGUGACGAGUAUAAAUCGGCCUGACCCAAGCAAGGCUAGCUAGUCACAGUCCGUGCCUCCCGCCCCGUACAUAGCUACAGCCGGCAGGAGAUAUUUAUUUGUUUAUCACUAGAUUCCUCCGUCAGACGCGUCUUGCAGGAGCCUCCAAAAUGCGUGAAUGUAUCUCAGUCCAUGUCGGCCAGGCCGGAGUCCAGAUGGGCAAUGCAUGCUGGGAGCUGUACUGCCUGGAGCAUGGCAUCCAACCUGAAGGUCAGAUGCCCAGUGACAAGACCAUCGGAGGUGGUGACGACUCUUUCAACACCUUCUUUAGCGAGACAGCAGCCGGCAAGCACGUCCCUCGUGCUGUCUUUGUCGAUUUGGAACCCACUGUCAUAGAUGAGGUUCGAACCGGCGCCUACCGCCAGCUCUUCCAUCCUGAGCAGCUGAUUACUGGUAAGGAGGAUGCAGCCAACAACUACGCCAGAGGUCACUACACCGUGGGCAAGGUGCAUAUUGAUCUUGUUCUGGACAGGAUCCGCAAGUUGGCUGACCAGUGCACGGGUCUCCAGGGUUUCCUCAUCUUCCACAGCUUCGGUGGAGGCACCGGCUCUGGCUUCACAUCCCUGUUGAUGGAGCGUCUCUCCGUCGACUACGGCAAGAAGUCCAAGCUGGAGUUUGCAAUCUACCCAGCUCCUCAGAUAGCGUCCGCCGUAGUGGAGCCUUACAACUCCAUCCUGACCACCCACACCACCCUGGAGCACUCCGACUGCGCCUUCAUGGUCGACAAUGAGGCCAUCUACGACAUCUGUCGUCGUAACCUCGACAUCGAGCGUCCGACUUACACCAACCUCAACCGCCUCAUUGCCCAGGUUGUCUCGUCUAUCACUGCUUCUCUUCGAUUCGAUGGCUCUUUGAACGUCGACCUGACCGAGUUCCAGACCAACUUGGUGCCCUACCCACGUAUCCACUUCCCCUUGGCCACUUAUGCCCCUGUCGUCUCUGCUGAGAAGGCCUACCAUGAGCAGCUGACCGUUGCUGAGAUCACCAACGCCUGUUUCGAGCCGGCCAAUCAGAUGGUGAAGUGCGAUCCUCGUCACGGCAAGUACAUGGCCUGUUGUCUCCUUUACCGAGGUGAUGUCGUCCCCAAGGAUGUCAACGCUGCCAUAGCAACCAUCAAGACCAAGCGUACCAUCCAGUUCGUUGACUGGUGUCCAACUGGCUUCAAGGUGGGCAUCAACUACCAGCCACCUACCGUCGUGCCUGGCGGUGAUCUGGCCAAGGUGCAGCGUGCUGUCUGCAUGCUGAGCAACACCACAGCCAUCGCUGAGGCCUGGGCUCGUCUGGAUCACAAGUUUGAUCUGAUGUACGCCAAGCGUGCCUUCGUCCACUGGUACGUGGGAGAGGGUAUGGAGGAGGGUGAGUUCUCUGAGGCUCGUGAGGAUCUGGCAGCCUUGGAGAAAGAUUACGAUGAGGUUGGACUUGACUCUUCAGACGGAGAUGAGGAAGAGGAAGCUGAUGAGUACUAGCCGAUGAAUCUUCGGCAAGAACAAAAAUACAGCGUCCCCAUUCAAUAAGCCAGCUCGGUAUUCCAACAGCGUAUGCCCAAACUGAACCGUGUCCGAGGUGAUUCGGACGCACGAGAUUUGCCCAAUCAGCACCGCCUUUUGUAGACUCCCCUGCGUGCUUUAUUCUCAAAUGACCUUGCUGUUUUGAAAUACCGAACUCGCUCGUUGAUUUUCUUUUGCAUUCUACAAGUAAUUUCGAACAAAUAAAAUAAAAUAUCAGUAUUCGUUGUUACUUAGAAAGCGAACCGCAUGUGAAGAAAUUAUGUAUUCCACAAAGCAAUACCGCCCUCUUAUGACAGUUCAAAUUCACCGAGUUCAAACUACGCAUGAAGAUAUCAACCAUAGUAUUUACUCCUGUUAUUGAAAGAUGCAGCACUAAGAGUCGCGAUGAAGAUGUUUAUUUAAAGCUUCAAAGCUGAUUACUUCAGAGAGAAGUCUUUAUCAUCGAAAUAAUGUACCGUGUACUUAUGUCUUAGCCCACUGUGCCUUUAUGCGACAAAAUCAUCUUCACAUACCCGGUGACACAGCGGUCAAUGAAAGAAUACGAGGCUCCGUAUUUUGUCAAAGCAGAUAAGUGUGCACGCUUUCCGAAUUGAUUACCAGUAUUCAGUCAAAAGGAGUCGGUAACACUAUGCUCGUUUUCUUUAAAUGCCCUCCUGCAGCGUAAGUUGCCUCCAACUGCGACAUCUAGAUGGUUGCAAACUGAGAAUAAAUAUUAGAAUAUUGCUCUA